UUUGAACUACGGCAUUCGCGUCCCGAGUGUUUCAGGGGGGGGUUCUUGCACGUCUCUAAUACGUGGUGGAUCGUAAGUACGUGUGUACCUUCGUCUCGUCGAGCUUUUCCGUUACUUUGUGUUAUUCAGUGAAAGUGAAAUAAAAUUCGAAUUUCCGUGUCGAAUUUCCACGAUAAUAAACAAUAAUAAACAAAGUGAUGUCUAAACAUUGAUAAUACACCAUCGUGUUUCUCUUUUUUUUUCCCCUAACUGAUAAAUGGUGUUCUAACUGUCGAAAGCUAUACGUAAAUCGUGAUAUCUCCACCAGGUGGCAUGAAAGUUCCUUAAACGGAAAACAGUCGUUUUAUUUAAACAUUUUCAACAAGUUCUUUUGUUUUAUGUGUUCUAAUAUUUUCGUAAUCGAAUUAUUGCAAAGUUUUAUUCGUCACGAUAAAGGAUAUUUCAAAUGAUGAAUUUAGAGGUUGAAUCAUCGAUAUUCAAGGAAUAUUUUUUGAUAAAUAUGAUAAAAUUAAUAUGAAAGUAAAUGAAAGUGCUGUGAUUGAGAUGAUGCUCGAUUCACCGAUGCGACAGAUCAAACGUACAUUGCAGUUCCGGUGGGGUCACCGGAAAUAGCAAAGCGUGACGGCGGCAGUUCUAACGGAAAAACGUGGGAAUUUGUAUCGUACCUCUUCACCUCAUUGUCAGUCGCAUCAUUAAUUGGCGUGUUUUAAACAAGCUACGCAAUAAUCGCGUUAAACAUUCGCGUAACGGAUAAAUCUUUCUUCUCGUGCUUCAAAUUAUAUAAAUGAAACGUAACUAUAAAUGUAUAAAUGAUAACUCAUCUUCGGCGAUAAAAGAAGAAACAAUAGGUGAUGGCAGAAUAUUUAUCGAAACUUUAAUCAAUGCGUGAAAGGAGGUCGAGGAUAAUCGAGUUAAAUAAUUCACGAACGAUUCUCUCCUUUUCAAACACGAUUUUUCAAUGACAAAUCGAUUUGCAAUCGAAAAAUAAAAAUACGUCACGGGGAAUCCGUUUCCUUCCGAACACUCGUCAAAUUAACGUCGAUCGAUCAAACUCGUGCAUAUUCGAUUGGAAAGAAAUGAAAUUGCAUUCGAGUAACGGCUUCCUGGCGACGCGAUUGAAAGGUUUUUCGUUCACAGAACGGUCGUUUAAUUCGUCAAGUCUGAUUGUAUCCGAUCAUUAACUAUUUAACGAUCGAAUGAAAUUGCCACAUUAUCAUCCUUCAAAAGCUACUCAAGAACAUCUCUCUCAUAAGAAACUCGACCGGCUUUAAUUAAAACAAGUAUAUACACGGAAACAAACGAAACAACUCGUUUUUGUUACAAAGAUAGGGAAGCGUGUUGAUUCAGUGGAAUGCUCUUGAGGCGAUUCAAAAUUCGUUUUUAUCCUCUCAACCACUUCUUGAAACGUUGCAAAGGAUUAACACGCGACACGAUCGAAACUCACGAAUAAAUAAUCGAGGAAAAAUUCGUCAUCGAUUAAAAAUAACGAGAGAGAUACUCGUCCUAUACCGGAUGAUUAUUGGAAAGCAAAAGCGACGAGUAUAUCGCGCGAAUAGCGAACGAGCAACAGGAUACAGUUGCUCCCUCCACUGGACGUAAGGUAGGCCAGACAACAGAGACGGAUAGCAUGAAACGGAGAGAGAGUAGCUGAGGGAUCCCACUCUAGGUAGAGUUCAUGACGUCAACCUUCGGGGCCAAGUCGCACGACCAGUUUGAACUGCUAGCUCGCCGUAAGAAGGGAAAGAAGAGGAAGAAGAGGCGACACUGGUCUCUCGAACUGUUCCUCGAUCGGUCCUGAUAUGUGUACAUUUUUACCGGCCGGCACUCGUACCGCCGCCAUGCGUAUCCAAACUGUUCUCUCGUCUGGUCGUCUGUCAUACAUCGGUGGAUAGGUUUGUCUACAUAUAUAAAGAUUCUUCGAUUGAGGUUAAUUAAACUUGUGAUCAAACAGUGUGUCAAAUAAGAGAAGGUAAACGGGUUCGUUUAUUGAGAUUGAUGGAUCGAUAAGAGUGACGGAAUACGACAAAGAAUAGAAAAAAGAGCGUAGUGUCGUGAAGACCAGUCAAUAUAAUCGCACCUGGUGCUAGUGAUAAGUAGCGUGCACGGAAGCGAAUGCAAGUCGUGCAGUGGAGACUCGCGAUGGAACUCGGUUGUUCGGUGACAAUACCUUGGUCGAUCGAGAAGCCCGCACAGUUAUCCGCCUUCUCAGUGCUGAACCUUAGCUUGGACAUAACGAUAUCUUAUCAAAUCGCGCGAAUUCGUGAUAUCGAAUAGAGGCCAAAAAAAAAUACGUGCACGAAUUAGUAUAAUUACGAGAUCGGUAAACAGAUUGUGACAGUGAUAUAUGUUCUGUGAAAAUCUAACGAAAGAAAUAAGAAAAUGAUAUAAUAAGGCAGACAAAUGUUAUGAAUUGGAAAGUUAUAUUCUGAGGAUUAAAACGAGGGAUCGAAGGAAGGAACAUUUGAACGAAGGGAAAUAGCAAAGUACACGGACGUUCGAUGAUAUCGUGUAUGGUGCAACGAGGAAAACAACGAACGACGAAGCCGUUGUGUUUGGAUACUUGACGCGGUCGCUACUGCGCGUCGUGAAAACAUCGACGCCAGAAGAGAAAUGGGAAACCACCCGUCCGCCCACCAACCGCUCGAGAGAGCUACCAACCAUGCUGGAAAUGGUCUUCGCCUCUCGAAGCGAGAGAGGUCACCGGGAAAAAGAAUGGACCGACUUCGACGAAGUUUUCGCGAUAGCUUUCGACGGCGGAAAGAUCCUCACGUACCGGAAUCGAGUAAACCGCAUCAAUGGCAGGCGGACGAAACGGCUGUCCGUUCGGCAACAUGCGCUUUCCAUGUCAAGUACCUGGGAUGUGUUGAGGUGUUCGAGUCGAGGGGUAUGCAAGUGUGCGAGGAAGCUCUAAAAGUACUUAGGAACUCGAGGCGGCGGCCGGUACGCGCGGUGCUGCACGUAUCAGGAGACGGUUUGCGGGUGGUUGAAGAUGAGACAAAAGGGCUGAUCGUCGAUCAGACGAUAGAGAAAGUUUCCUUUUGUGCUCCGGAUCGAAAUCACGAGAAGGGGUUCAGUUACAUCUGUAGAGACGGCACGACCAGACGGUGGAUGUGCCAUGGAUUUUUGGCAUUGAAAGAAUCGGGAGAACGUUUGAGUCAUGCAGUGGGAUGUGCUUUUGCUGCGUGUCUGGAAAGAAAGCAACGAAGGGACAAGGAAUGCGGUGUCACGAUGACGUUCGAUUCGAAAACUUCAACCUUCACGAGGAGCGGCAGUUUCAGGCAGCCAUCUUUAACCGAGCGAUUGCAGGAUUCGCGCGAACGCGCCGUAGAUGUACCUCCUAUGAAACAAGUCUACAAUCCUUUUGCGAUAGAGAGACCACACGCCACCCCGUCGAUGCUCGAAAGACAAGGUUCCUUCCGGGGUUUCACUCAAUUGAACCAAGCAUCACCGUUCAAAAGGCAGCUUAGUUUACGGAUUAACGAUCUUCCUAGCAAUCUUGAACGCACACGUAGCCAUAGCCUUGAGCCGACGGAUUUGUCACGGAUGCCAUCUGCCAUGUCUCACAUCGUACCUCUGAAGCCACCAGAAUUCGAAGGAUAUGACGAAGUUAGUCCAAUACCAGAAAUAUCACCCGGGGGUCAAGAUAGCGUUUCAGCGAUGUGUCAGCAGCUUUCACAAGGGCUUUCUCUUCUUUCAAGGACCGACGACUUCGGACCAAUCUCUACGCAAAGCAGUACAAGCUCUGUGGCUAAACAGCUCUUCACCAGUACCACCGCUAAUAAUACUCCACCAGUGACGAGUAGCAACUCGUUGGAUGAAUUGAAAUUGCAAAACGGUCCAAGUUUGAACAACAACAACAAUAACAACAACAACGACAAGAACGACGAUCUCAGUAAUCUGAAUCACGUUGGACCCAGUUGGCAAGAAGCUCCGUCACCCGUUUUGGCUUCGAAUCACAGGCUUACACCAAUCUUGAAUAAAACCAGCAAUCUCAGUCCCAUCCUUCCAAGAACGAACGCGCCUACACCGAUAGUUAUGAGCACCCCCGCACCCAACACCACUGUCAGUGUGUUUGGAACACCAGCCUCGGCCAGUCCAGCCUUCAGCACAGCGUCCACGUCCUCCUUAGGAAAUGCGCCCACACCGGCUAUGAACAGGUCGCCGAUACCAGUGACUUCAGUGAUGACUCCCAAGACCAGCUCACCGACCACCAGUAUGGCAUCCGUCUCACCGGCUCUAUCUGGAAAGAUUUCUAACGAUGUUAGCCAAAUUAACCAAACCCCAGUGGCAAAUACUAUCACCACACCAGCGGUCCAAUCAGUUUCAACAACAGCCGCAUUGCCAAAGCCGGAGCAAUGGUUGGGCAGUAUAACCAGCUCGGUACCACCUUCAGUGCAAUCUCCUUCGCAAGGACAAAUAAGUCCUCGACGAGCACCACCUCUUCACGCGAGGGCGCUCUCCCUCGGUUCAGCCGCCAUGAAUCAGGGGAGCAGAACCGGCCCUUCGGAUCCAUUCGACGCGGAAUGGGCGGAAAUAGCGGCGAGGAAUCUGCGACAAUCGAGCACCACAAACCCGUUCAUAAUGCCAAACGCGACCCAAGCAUUCCAGGUGCAAUUGUAGCGCCAGGAGUUUGUCAAUAGCGUGGCCAAGUACUUCCGUUCGAACACAUAGUGACGACUCCACGUCCGUUCGCGCUUCGACCUCUCGAAUAACCGGAAGUAUUACACGUGAACCGCGUUAAUCUUGAUGGAAUCGCGUGGUUUCGAACGAAUAAUUCUCCACUGAGGAGAUUCCGAAUGAUUGGUCACGGUAAAGAGCCAUGUGAUGAAAAGGGACCUCCAGGAAAAGCGAGGGACGGAGGUAUCGAUCUCGAAGAGAUGUGUUUAGUAGCAAUGAUUGAUAUAGAAGUAAAUCAGCACAAAACACGUACCCGUUGUUUCUAGAUAUUAGUAGAUUACGCACACACAGCCUCAAUAACCUCGAAUUGGGAUACGAGAAGAGUGAGAGGAAGUAUGAAAUUUGAAAUAAAGAAGAAAAAAAAAAAAAAAAAAGAAAAAUGCUUUCUUGGGACCACGCGUUCAAUCGCGUUGGUGAACGUGGAUUAUUUAAUUAAGUGACCCACACGGUCGAUCGAUCGGCCAAGCCGCACGAUUUACUUUAGAUGUCGUCGCACUUUAUCUGCGGAGAAAAUUAGAUAACGUCGUUGAUAUCGAUAACAUACCUAAAUGUCUAUCGUGAGAUUACUUAAUUAAACGAGGUGUACAAUAAUCUUGAGUAGUUUAGGCUAAAAAACGAUUACCGUUCAUUCUGCAUGAUGAACAAAAUUUCCACGCACCCAAGAUUAUGCUGCACCAAUCAGAUGUUUCGUCGAAAAUAAUAAGAAAAAAAAAAAAGAAGAGAAAAAUACAAAAAAAUAAGAUACGAGAAAUAAUAUGAAAAUAACGAUGCUAGUAGCUUAGUUCGAAUGCAAAUCCACGUGAUAAACGUGGCUCGAUAAAAACAAUUAUUAUUAUCUACAGAUAGUUAUUUUUCUUUUCAAACGGCCAACAACCGAAAAAUGUGUAAAUGAGAAAUUCUGUCGUAUUUACCCGGCUCGAAAUAUUAAGAAUUGUCAAGUUUUAUUAACGAGCAAGAGAAAACUUGGAUAACAAAAUAAAGACAGAAAUUAAAAAAGAAAAAAAUCAUGAUCGAAUAAAUUGAUUGAUACAUUGGAUUGAUACUGGCGCAAUUGAACACCAAAAUAACGGACUGUGAUACAUAUAGAAAAAUGGCCAGUACUUAAAUGCAAAGAAUCAGACUGUCAUAAAUUUUGCUCAAAAGUUUCUUCAUCUGAAAUGAGAGAAAAAACGAUUACGAGCUUGGGUAGCGCAGAGUCUAUUGUUCCCUGGCCAACAGAAUUAAUCACACAAAUCCUAAACACACGCGUAUACAACUUAGGAUACUUAAGAGCAAAAAUUAGAUGUUAAAAAAGUUUUUAGAAUCAGUACGUUCCACGCUAUUGUUGUCUAAUAUCGUACAUACGAGCGGGUUAAGCAUUCAUUGUAAAAGAUUGUUUUGAAAUUUGAGAAAAUGUAUUGAGGUGUGUUAGGUGUAGAUGAACGAUACGACAUUGUGGUUUUGCAGCAGUGGUGUUGUGUUGUUCGAUAGCUUUAUAUAUUUAAAUAGCGUUGUAUAGUCAAAUACAUUGCGCUAUUUAGAUUUGAUGUGAUUCGAUACUUUUAUAUGUCCAAUGUCAGAAUCCUAUUAUUGUAAUUUUAUUGAAUUAUUGGAAUAUGUAAAUCUGUCGAAUUGCAUAAUGAUAUUAGUGCAACAUUAUAAAGAUAUUGAAUCGUAUAUUGUCACCGCUGAAAAAUCGUAAAACGUAUUAUACAUUUACAUCAAGCAUUACAAAUAUUGUCUGCAGAUUUGCCUGCACAUAGAUUUUUAAAUACCUGCAGAAAAAUAUAGCACGAAAUAUUAUAAUAGUAUACGAUAUAUGAUAUAACAAUUUAUGUAAUACUAGUGGAAGAGAUAUAUAUAGAUUAAAUAAGUCAUACAAUCAUAAUUUAAAUUGUUUUGACUUUCAAAAUAUAUAAAUUAUGAAUUUGGUGAAUUUAUAUUCAUCUCAUUAUAUCUCUUUCACUAAUUUCAUAAUUAUUUGUAAAUAAUUUAUGCGAACUAUUUGCAGACAGUGUUUGUAAAUCUAUGCCUUUAGAUGAAAAAUGGCUCGCGCACACGUAAUAGGGUACAUAAAGGUGCUUCCGCUUGAAAUAAGACCAAAAAA